AUGAUUAGGACUCUAUUUAGUGCAAAACUAAUAAAUUUGUCUUUGGAUUGGGUUACAAAGAUACCAAUCACUAUGAAUUACGAUAUCCAAAAGGCGAUUCAAUUUCACAAGGAUAAAUCAUACAAAAAAGCAUGGAAGAUUUUCAGUGAUUUAGAAAAAAAUAAUUCUACACCUGAAACAAAAUUCUGGGUAGGAUUUUAUUAUUAUAAAGGAUAUCACGAAGGUAGAGAUGGGAGGCCGAAUGCUAAAGAAGCUACGAAAUAUUUGUGCGAGGCAGCAAAAUUAGAUCAAAUAGAUGCACAAUAUUGGUAUGCAAAUAUGAUACUAAAUGGUAGUUUAGUAGCAAAAGAACAGGAUAACGAGAGAUUUAAAGUAGCAUUGGAAUAUUUGAGACAUGCUGCCAAGUUAAAUCAUCCCUUGGCAUUAAGAAUGUUGGGAGGAAUUAUCAAAAAAGGUCAAUAUGGAAUGAAAUUUGAUCGUAGUGUAGGCAAAGAUAUGGUUGAAAGAAGUAAAAGUCUUUAUUGCUCAAUUAACAUCAAUAAGAAUAAUGAAGAUCAAAAUACAAUAAGGUCAAAAAUACAUAGAUUUAGUAAUUAA